AUUGUAAAACUAACUGUAUUGGGGGCAACUGUACAUUCAACAACACACUUGGAGAAUGUCUGUGCCACUGUCCAGAGUUCUUCCUUGGAGAGAGUUGCUCUUUUGGAAAGAAUGACAUCCCUGCUGAUGUUGAUACUGAAGCAAUACCAACUCGAAAGGCACAUUUUACAUUGAAAAUCAAUGUCACUUUUCAGGCGGACUUUAAUGACUUAAACUCAUCUGAAUCAUCAAAGUUCAUUGAAAAAUUUAAACACGAGCUUGAAGGCCUGUGCAAAGAAGCAGAUCCACAAUCCUUUAAAAGAGUACAAGUCAUCAAUUUAUCACGAGGAAGUGUUGUUGCAGAGAACCAGGCAGAGUAUAUUUAUUCAAACAACGAAACUCAAAUCCAGUUUGUCAACGCUAAGCUUGAUGGGGUGUUGACAGAUAUUUUGACUGAUCCCAGAAACCUCAUCAAUAUUUCUCGGGCCUUUAAUAAUGUAACAGUGCAGUUCAAUGAACUCACCUUCGGAACACCUGAGAUUAAAAAUAUCCAAGAUAUGGAGCGUUUUGUAGACUGCUCUAAGUUUGCUAAUUACACUGCUAAAAUUAUUAAUGGUCAAUGGCAGUGUGUUGGACCUUGCAAAACAAACCCUGAUUACUGCCAUCAACAUGGAGAAUGUCACAAUGACAUUGAGAAAGGCCCAAUAUGUGCCAUGAGCAAUAUCAUGGCCCACAGUGUGAACUCGCUCAUCACAGUCCAAGCACAACUGAACGCCCCUUGA